CCAGAGUGCUCUCUUCAACAUGUGAGGACACAGUGAGAAGGCGGCCGUCUGCAAGCCAGGGAGAGAGACCUCACCAGAAACCCAAUCACCUAGCACCUUCAUCUGGAACUUCCAGCCUCCAGAACUGUGCAGGCCCCCUUGUGAGCAGCAGACCGGCCUGGUGGCUGGCAGCAGGACACCCGAGUCUGCAUGCUGAGGAAGAUGGGUGAGGCGGUGGCCAGAGUUGCGAGGAAGGUCAACGAGACGGUGGAGAGUGACUCUGACACCCUGGAUCUGGCCGAGUGCAAGCUGGUUUCUUUCCCCAUCGGCAUCUACAAGGUCCUGCGCAAUGUCACCGACCAGAUCCACCUCAUCACGCUGGCCAACAACGAGCUCAAGUCCCUCACCAGCAAGUUCAUGACCACGUUCUGUCAGCUUCAAGAGCUCCGCCUGGAAGGGAACUUCCUGCACUGCCUCCCCAACGAGGUCAGUGCCCUGCAGCACCUCAAGGCCAUCGACCUGUCUCGGAACCAGUUCCAUGACUUUCCUGAGCAGCUCACCACCCUGCCAGCACUGGAGACCAUCAAUCUGGAGGAGAACGAGAUUGUGGAUGUGCCCGUGGAGAAGCUAGCCGCCAUGCCUGCCUUGCGCAGCAUCAAUCUCCGCUUCAACCCGCUGAACGCCGAGGUGCGCGUCAUUGCCCCGCCACUCAUCAAGUUUGACAUGCUCAUGUCUCCAGAGGGCACGCGGGCCCCCCAACCUUAGGCCUCCCUCCUCAUGCCCACCCAGAAGGGACAGAAGCCACUUGGCCUGGCACCCUGAGGGGAGGGAGCCCCAAGGGCCCGUGGGAGGCCAAGCUUGGAGGGGCUGGGGAUGGGUGGGCCCAACAGCGUGUGGGAGGGGGUGCAGCGGUCCAGGAUAGAUAGCUUAGAGCUGUAGAGGGUCCUGGAAUGCCCAGAGGAGGAGGCGAGGUGGGGGCUAGAGCCAGGACUCUGGGCAUUCUGUGCAAACUUGGGCAGGCCCCCACCCUCUCUGAGACUUACAGUUUCGGGAAAGGGCUAGUGGCAGUGGGUCUCUGCCUCCUUGGGCUCCUUGGAGGCCUUUUAGGGGACACACGCCACCCAAGUCUUCAAUUCCUCGGUAUCUUCUGAGCUCGCAGCUGAGCAUCGCUGAGCAUUUCCUGGGCCCCUGUGGGUUGAGGCCUUGCUUCUAGUGCUGAGAGCCAGUCGCUGCCCUGAGACGAACAGAAGACAACCUGCAUCUAUUUAUUGCUUCCUUCUCCGUGCCCCAUCCUGAGCCCUGUGGAUCCCUGGAUGGGCAGGAGCCUGAACCGGGAGUUGUGGGAAAGCUGCGGAGAGAGUGCGGACGCUGCAGCAGGGCUGACGAUGUUUACAUAGGAGCCCCAGGGCCAUCAGGUGGGGAAACUGGGGAGCACAUCAAGUUGGCACCGUCCUUCCUCAUGAUUAAGAAAUUGCUGGAGUGACCAGCUGUGCCUGGCACCACUUUGAGCUACAGGAGAGUGGCCCAGAGAGAAAGAAAGCCAUUUACGCCUGUGCCUCCCUCCACACAGUCUCUCUCUGGCAGCAGCAGACUGGCUGCCCUGUCAUUGGUUCACCUGGACGCAGGCGGCACUGUGGACUGUUGGACUGUAGCUGGCCAGCCCCCGGGUCACCACUCAAAGCCCUGAUAACCUCGUCAUUUCUAGGCUCUGAACCUGGAGCCUGGCCAGGCAGUAGGAUGACCUGCCGUCCGUGUUUGCUCGUGACUUUCAGUGCUAACAUGGGGACAGGACCGGCGCAGGGACAACUGGUGGCUCCACCAGGUGAGGCCUGGGCUCUGGCUUCCUGUGACAGUACCUGUGGUGUGGAGAACCCCUGACCUCUUUACCCUGCCAGCAUCUACCUCCCACCUUCUCAUCUGUGGAGCAAGCAGAUCAGCCUACCUGGUCUGGACUUUUGUCAGAGUCUGUGGGAGAUGCCUGAGUCCCCAGGACUUGGGGCAAACCAGGCCACCCAAAUCCUACUUCCGUGCGCCAGUGGCCACUCUGCCACACUCAGAACACUGACCCUUUUCUCAGAAUGUUCCCAUUCUAUUCCCCGUCCCCUCCUCUUCCCCAGCCCUGAGCUGCCCUGCGCAGGCCUCCUGUCUCUUGGCAAGAAGCUAACAGUUUGGGAGGUUGUAGGCCUGUCACCAAGCACUAGAGACUCAGCUGAGAACUCAGCAUCCCAAGAGAUGCCUGUUCACCCUGCUCAUCUCUCAGGCCUGGUAGGUUGAGCUCUGGGAAAAGGGUUUCCAGGGCAAGGAGGCCAGAUAAGAUCUCCAGGGCUACGGAGUUCAGCCGGGGACAAGUGAGGGCUACAGUCUAGCCCAGCCCGGCCUGGCCCCACUCACCGUGUCCUGGAGUGGGGUUUCUCCUUGUUGAAGAAGGGGUGCAUUUCCUGAUAUGCAAAAAGGCAUUAUAUGGCCAGAGCCUGCAACUCAGUGUGGUCUGCAUGAGGACCUAUGGGAGCUUGUUAGAAGCACAGGACCUCAGGCCCAAUCCCAGACCUCCGGGAUCAGAACCCGCACUCCAGAUCCCCAGGGAUUCCUACAGGCACUUUACUGUUUAAGAAGCCAAGGCCUGGGGUGGCCCUGGGGAUGGCCUGGGAGUGAAAGGUGGAGUUUCUCAGCUUUCCCCCAACACCAAGUCUGUGCCCACCCCUCCCUCUCUAAAGCAGCCCUUCACUCCCACCCCGGGCCUCUUAGAUCCGUGGUUGGCAAACUGCGGUUCGCAAGCCACAUGCGGCUCUUUGGCCCCUUGAGUGUGGCUCUUCCACAAAAUACCACAUGCGGGCGCACGUACAGUGCGAUUGAAACUUCGUGGCCCAUGCGCAGGAGUCGGUUUUCGGCCUGGGCGAGUCUAUUUUGAAGAAGUACUGUUGAUAUUUGGCUCUGUUGACUAAUGAGUUUGCCAACCACUGUCUUAGAUCUUUCAGAGUCUGUGUGGCACUCCUGUGAAGGGAGGACCUGGAGUCCCCAGGAGAUGAAGGUUGGAUUUACCCGGUCCUCUGGCCUCCCUUUCUGGUCCCCCCACCCCCCACCAAAAGCCAAGCUGCUACUUCCCCAGGUCCUCAUCUCAGGCCUUCCAGAGGGGCUGUUCUGGAAGCUGCGCCCUCCUCUGCGUGGAGGGUGUGCCUUGGCCCCUCUGGGAACGCUGGGCAGCCGAGAAGCCCCAGAUCAGAGCACAGUGUGAGCCCUUAGCUUCAGUCUGCAAUAAAGAAUGCAUUGGUUUCA